AUGGAUCAUCAUGUUUCAACAUAUGAACCACCAGCAAAAAGAUUAUUUUUGAUUGUUGGAGAUGGACUUAGAGCUGAUAAGACAUUCCAAAAAUUGAAGCAUCCAAGAACAGGAGAAACCAAAUACUUGGCUCCAUACUUAAGAAGUUUAGCAUUAGGUAAUGGUACUUGGGGUAUAUCAAAUACAAGAAUGCCAACAGAAUCAAGACCUGGUCAUGUUGCAAUGAUUGCUGGAUUUUAUGAAGAUGUUUCUGCAGUCACGAAAGGUUGGAAGGAAAACCCUGUUAACUUUGAUUCGUUUUUCAACCAAUCUAAACACACCUAUUCUUUUGGAAGUCCUGAUAUUUUACCCAUGUUUGCCUAUGGUGAUGGUGUAGUUCCUGGUAGAAUUGAUGUGUGCAUGUAUGGACAUGAAUUUGAAGAUUUCACUUCAAGCUCAAUCGAAUUGGACUCAUUUGUGUUUAAACAUUUCGAUGAUUUAUUGAGAAACUCAACAACCAAUAAAACUUUGGAAAACGAAUUGAAGCAAGAUGGUAACGUAUUUUUUUUGCACUUAUUGGGCCCUGAUACAGCAGGUCACGCAUACCGUCCUUAUUCAGCCGAAUAUUAUGAGAAUAUUGAAUACAUUGAUGAUAUGUUGGAGAAAGUCGUACCACAAAUCAAUGAUUUCUUUGGUGACGAUAAAACUGCUUUCGUAUUUACUGCUGAUCAUGGGAUGUCUGAUUUUGGUUCACAUGGUGAUGGACAUCCAGAUAAUACAAGAACACCUUUAAUUGCUUGGGGUGCCGGUGUAAACAAACCCGUUCAUCUUAAGAAUAUGCAAGAUGCUGAAAAACAAUUGAGAAAACAAGAUCCUGUAAAGAGUGGGUAUGAAGCAACAUAUUUUGAUACAUGGGAGUUAGAUCAUUUAGUGCGAAACGAUGUAAAUCAAGCCGAUAUUGCAUCACUCAUGGCUUAUUUAAUUGGAGCAAACUACCCCGCUAAUUCUGUGGGUGAAUUACCAUUGAGCUAUAUUGAUGCAGAGCCUCAUUUGAAAAUCAAAUCAUUAUAUGCAAAUGCUUUGGCCAUUGUGGAGCAGUACAUCGUGAAGGAGCAAGAAGUUUUAAGUCAUCAGUUCAAAUUUAAACCAUUUGAACCAUUUACUACUAAAUCAAUCCAAGAUUACCAAAAGGAAAUUGAAAGUCUAAUUGAACUUUUGACAUAUGGUUCGGAUGAAAAUGUGGAAAAACUUGCAAUUGAAGUUACAGAAGAAUUAAUGAGAAAAGCACUUUCUGGUUUGACUUAUUUGACUACCUAUAAUUGGUUAUUGCUCAGAACUGUAGUUACAUUUGGUUUUUUUGGUUGGAUUAUUUUUGCCUUCAUAUUAUUUUUAAAGUUAUUCAUCUUACAUGAUGAAGAGGCUCCAAACACCGACAAAAGAUCUAAUUCAAUAAUUUUAUUAGGCUCAUUCUUGACGCUUGGAUCAUCAAUUGCAUAUUUGUUAUUUUAUCAAGAUUCACCAUUUAAUUAUUAUAUGUAUGCUGCAUUUCCAGUAUAUUUUUGGUAUACAAUUUUAAAUGAAAGAAGAUACUUGAUCGAUGGAUUAGAUAUUUUGUUACAUGGAGUCGAUUGGAAAACCAAAAUCUUAAUAUUGAUCUCGUUUAUCGGUAUGUAUGAAGGUAUUACUUAUGGAUUUUUUGAAAGAUACAUUUUCUCCGUGAUCUUCCUUAUCGUUGGAAUAUAUCCGUCGUUGGUACUGGGUUCAGAGAAAAUAUCAGGUUUGAUGAAAAUAAUAUGGUUCUUCAGUUGCUUAUUCAUGUGUAUUUUCACAAAUCUUGAUCCAAUUAAAGUUGAGAAUUUACUAUUAAUAAAUGUUGGAUCAAUAUUAGCUUUUAUCAUCAGUAUCACAGGUUUCAAUGCUAUUCAGAAACGAAAUUCGAACUUAACAAGUGUUCAAAAAGUGUUGAUCAAUUUGCAAAUACUCACUAUUCCCUUAAUUACCUAUGCUACAGAUGUAUCAAUUGUAUCUUUACAAUCUAGAGCUGGUCUUCCAUUGUAUUCACAAAUUUUAGGUUGGGUCUUAUUCAUUUUUUCCUUGGUUGUUUUUCCUUUAUUACAUUCAUUAUUCCCUUCAAAAGAUUAUAGAUUCAGAUUAUUGAUGAUCUUUUUGACAUUUGCACCAACAUUCAUCAUAUUAACAAUUUCUUUUGAAUUGUUGUUUUAUAUUGGAUUUUCCUUGAUUUUGCUACAAUGGUUGUCAAUAGAGGAAUUAUUAAAAGUACCACAUCUGGAGAUUAUUAAAUCUCAAGAAGAAACUGGUAGACUUCCUAAAGGGUACUGGUUACAAGUUAUUAGAAUUGCAAUCAUUGGGUUUUUCUUUUUACAAUUGGCAUUUUUUGGAACUGGUAACAUUGCCUCAAUUUCAUCUUUUUCAUUAGAUUCAGUAUACAGGUUGAUUCCAAUUUUUGAUCCUUUUUCAAUGGGAGCUUUAUUGAUGAUAAAAUUAAUUAUCCCAUAUGUUCUUUUAUCUACUUGUUUGGGUAUAAUGAAUCAUCAAUUAGAAAUUAAAAAAUUUACCAUUUCAACGCUAAUUAUUUCAACUAGUGAUUUCUUGUCAUUGAAUUUCUUCUUUUUGGUAAGGACGGAAGGUUCAUGGUUGGAUAUUGGGGUUUCCAUCUCAAACUAUUGUUUAGCUAUAUUGUCAUCGUUGUUCAUGUUAAUUUUGGAGUUAGUUAGUUCGGUAAUGUUACAUGGAGUUGAAUAUGUGAAUACUCCUAGAAAAUUAGAUUACGAACCGAUUAGUAAUAGACUUAGAAACAAGGAGAAGGUUGAAUUUAUAGAGCUCAAAGAAUGA